CACAGUGUGAUGAAUUUUGAUUUGAAUAUGGCCUCCGCGUCUUCUCUUGCCCCUCUCAGCUCCUCCUCUCCUCAUUUCAUUGGCUCACGAUUGCCCAUCGACGGUUCCCGUUCACAAGCCCCUCGCGUCAGCUUCCGUCCACUCCGUGUCUCCGCCGCUUGCUCCACCACUGCCGAGAGAACAACAACACAUUCCCACAUUGCAUCGCCAGGAUCGCUAUACGAAGUCCUUGGGAUUCAGACGGGCUCGACGUGUCUAGAGAUCAAGGCUGCUUAUCGGAGACUGGCAAGAGUUUUGCAUCCUGAUGUUGCAGCUAACGGUCAAAAGGAGGAGACGACGUUCGAAUUCAUAAAAAUACACGAAGCUUAUGAAACUCUAUCCGAUCCCGAGAAACGGGCUGAUUAUGAUCGUUCACUAUUCUGGUGUGGCCGGCAGAUGAGUUCUCCGUUUGUGAUGUCGGCGGCUGCAACCAAAAUGGGAAGUUAUUCAGCUUCUGGCUUUUCCGGGUAUACAAGUCGUAAAUGGGAAACCGAUCAGUGUUGGUAAUCGACACUGAAAUUAAUUCAUUAUUGAGAAUGGUAGAUCUAAUUCUUAAUUGAUUAGGAUAGUAGAAAAAAUAGUAGGCUUGCGGGUAUUGUUGCUGCACUAAUGUAAAUAGCUGAAGAUUGAUUCCAAACUUCUGUAACACGAAAACAGGCGGCAUUUUUUCAGCCUGUUCGAUGAAUUUAAUGCAACUAUUCUUACCAGA